CUGCCCGGCCUCCACUUUCACUUUCUGUUCCGGGGUAGGGGAGGCCGGAGGCAGCGGCGCGAGGGUGAGUCGGUUCCGUCGCGGACCCCCAGGUAGUUUGAGCAAGAAGAUGAUAUCUCUGUCCAUCAAAUGGCCACUGGCAACCAUGCUGUUUCUACUGUCCUCGCUGUUGAUUCUCUUAACUGUGUCAACUCGUUCCUGGUGUCAGAGCAGUGACACUAUGUCUCCAAAAGCUAGUAAUGGGACUCCAUUCCCUUGGGAGAAAAUGCGGCUUCCUGAGCACAUCAUCCCAGUUCAUUAUGAUCUCCUGAUCCAUGCAAAUCUCACCACUCUGACUUUCGAGGGAACCACGGAAAUCGAAAUCACAGCCAGCCAGCCUACUAGUACCAUCAUCCUGCACAGUCACCGCCUGCAAAUAUCUAAGGCCACCCUCAAGAAGAGAGGCAGAGAGAGGCUGUCUGCAGAACCAUUGACCGUCCUGGAAUACCCGGCUCAUGAGCAAAUCGCACUUCUGGCCCCCGAGCCUCUGGUUGUUGGGCUCCCGUACGUCAUUGUCAUCGACUACGCUGGCCAUCUUUCUGAGCACUUACAAGGAUUUUAUAAAAGCACCUACAGAACAAAGGAAGGCGAAGUGAGAGUACUUGCAUCAACACACUUUGAACCCACUGCAGCGAGAAUGGCGUUUCCCUGCUUUGAUGAACCCGCCUUCAAAGCGAAUUUUUCAGUCAAGAUCAGAAGGGAGCCAAGACACCUCGCCAUCUCCAAUAUGCCACUGGUUAAGUCUGUGACUGUCGCCGAAGGACUCCUCGAAGACCAUUUUGCUGUCACUGUGAAGAUGAGCACCUACCUGGUGGCCUUCAUUAUCUCAGACUUUAAGUCUAUUAGCAAGAUGACCAAGAGCGGAGUCAAGGUUUCCAUAUAUGCUGUGGCUGACAAGAUACAUCAGGCGGAUUAUGCCCUGGAUACCGCAGUGACUCUUCUAGAAUUUUACGAGGAUUAUUUCAGGAUUCCAUAUCCCUUACCCAAACAAGAUCUUGCUGCCAUUCCUGACUUUGAGAGUGGUGCUAUGGAAAACUGGGGACUGACCACAUACAGAGAAUCUAUUCUCUUGUUUGACGCUGAGAAGUCGUCUGCGUCGGAUAAGCUUGGCAUUACGAUGACGGUGUCGCAUGAACUCGCCCACCAGUGGUUUGGGAACCUCGUCACCAUGGAAUGGUGGAAUGAUCUUUGGUUAAACGAGGGAUUUGCCAAGUUUAUGGAGUUUGUGUCCGUCAGUGUGACUCAUCCUGAACUGAAAGUUGAAGAUUAUUUCCUCGGCAAGUGUUUUGACGUGAUGGAGCUGGAUGCGUUAAAUUCGUCACACCCUGUGUCCACAGCUGUGGAGAAUCCUGCUCAGAUUCGCGAGAUGUUUGAUGAGGUUUCUUAUAAAAAGGGAGCUUGUAUUCUGAAUAUGCUAAGGGAUUAUCUCAGUGCCGAAGCAUUUAAAAGCGGUAUUGUACGUUAUCUCCAGAAGUACAGCUACAAAAACACGAGGAAUGAGGACCUGUGGAAUAGUAUGGCAAGUAUUUGCCCUACAGAUGACUCACAGAGCAUGGAAGGCUUUUGCUCCAGGGAUCCACAUUCAUCUUCAGCCUCACACUGGCGGCAGGAAGGCCUUGACGUAAAAACCAUGAUGAACACGUGGACGCUGCAGAAAGGCUUUCCCCUGAUAACCGUCACGGUGAGAGGGAGGAACGUACACGUGAGGCAGGAGCUCUACAGGAAAGGACCCGAGGACACCUCAGAAACUGGGUAAAGUUCAGAGCGGAACACUUGGGUUGUUCCCUUGGUAACACCUGCCUGCGCGAUGAAACUUUUUUUUCAGACUCUCGCCUUGACUGUUGAAGUAUUUCGAUUAAAUCUCUGUAUCCCACGAAGUCGACUUACACGCCACCAUCUUCCCAAGAGGGGAAAUGUGGGUUUAAACCUUGGCUCAUCUCCGUAAAGCUGGUAAUAGAUCAUUAUUUUAAAUUUCUCCUGUUCUGUAGUUUGAUGGGAUGGUAAUUCCAGUUCCUGACUAGAAACAAGCUCUAAACUAAGCAACUGCCACCAAAUGCCGAUAGCGCCUGGCAGUUGGGUUGGAGCUGAGGACAUAAACAUUCAGGUGAUGUCUGGGGCUUACGAGAGACUCGGUGGUUUUUUGGAAGUCUAUGUUCGAUCCUGGAAUCUGUUCAUCGGCUUUAACACUUCAGAAGGACAUCUCUGGAAAGGAGAGCGUGCACCUUGACUGACUCUAGAUGGGCAGUACUUAGAAAAAAAUUAUUUUGAAAUAAUUGCAGACUUACAGAGAAGUUGAAAGAAGAGCACAGAGAAUUCUCAUGCAUUCUUUACCCAGAUACACAUACAUGUUAACGCUUUACCACAUUUGCUUUAUCAUUCUCUCUCCCUCCCUUCUCUCCUCUGUCUCUUUACAUAUAACCUAAAAUAUGUACAUAAAACCUAAAAUAGAACCUAUGUCUAAUCCAAAAUAUCAGUUAAAAAUACGCUCUUUGUCUUAUUGUAUACUCUCUGCAUAGCAUAUAUAUAUUAUUAAAGUAUAAUGACAGUACCCUAUUUCAGAUACACAUCAUACUGAUUGAAUAUAUUUAUACAUUGCAAAAUACCAAUGGUAAGUCUUAUUACCGUCUGUCACUAAAGUUAUUACAAUAUUACUGACUGCAUUCCUUAUGCUGUACAUUACAUCCUGUGACUUAUUUCAAACUGGAAGUUUGCAUCUCUUAAUCUCCUUUACCUAUUUUACCCCCCCGUACCACCUCCCAUAACCAACGGUUUCCAUUAUUUAUGAGUCUGUUUUUAGUUUUUCAGAUUACACAUGAAGACAAAUACCAUAUGAUUUCACCUAUAUCUGUAGGACUUAAUUCAUGAAAGCGUAGUAUCCUUUAGGUCCAUCUCUGUUGUUGCAAAUGGGAAGAUUUCAUUCUUUUUUAUGACUAGUCCUCCAUUGUGUAUGUACAUAUGUGUAUAUAUCCUUUUUUUAUCCAUUUAUUAGUGGUCGCUUAGGUUGCUUCCAUAUCUUGCUAUAGGUCAACUAUGCUGCAGUGAGCAUACAGGUGCCUGUGUAUCUUCUCAGAUGGGGGUUUUCAUUUUCUUUGAAUAAAUACCCAGGAGUAGAAUUGCUGGAUCAUAGUUUUAAUUUUUUUAGCAACCUGCUUACUAUUGAUGAUAGUGACGGCCCCAGUUCACACUCUCACCAUCAGGAAAAUGGAGCCUCCCAUUUCCUCAGCAUUCUUACCUAUAUUUGUCAUUUGUUUUUAUUACUUCAUUUUCUUUUCAUCAUAACGGUACUCUUGAAUCCCCAUCACCUAUUUCAC